UAACUUAUUUAUUAGUAUUUAUUAAAGCUCUCUCAGUUUCACAAGAGAGAGAGAGACAAUGCCGUUGGUGAGGUUCAAGAUACGGAACGAGCUAAGCUUAGGUGGGCCGGAGCUGAAUCGUAGCGCCGCCGUGGAAGAUGAGGAACCCAAGGCGAUUCUCGGCGCUGUUGAAGUUGCUGGACUUAUCGGCAUACUUCGUCAGUUAGGCGAUCUCGCCGAAUUUUCCGCAGAAGUAUUUAAUGGCAUACAAGAAGAAGUGACUGUUACUGCGUCUAGGUGUCAGAAAUUGACAAGCCGUGUUAGGCGGAUAGAGUCUGCGCUGUCACCUCUUGAAAAGGCUGUGCUCUCACAGACUAGCCACAUUCAUUUUGCAUACACAGCAGGCUCUGAGUGGCAUCCUCGUAUAAGGAAUGGACAUAGUCAUUUUGUGCAGAGCGAUUUGCCACUUUGUGUUAUGGAAAGUUAUGAACAAUGCAGAGAUCCUCCUCCUUUGCAUCUGCUUGACAGAUUUGCUAUAGGUGGACCUGGAUCGUGUCUGAGAAAAUACUCUGACCCAACAUUUUUUAGAAAGGAAUUAGGCAACCCCAAUAAAGCAGAUGAUAUCAAGGUCCAGAGAGAUCAGGCUCACCGCAAGAGAAAGAAAAAGAGGUUACCACAAAGAAACAUUUGCAGAUCAAAUGCAGUGUCUACAUCUGAUGAAACUAAUGGGGCUCAUCUCAGUUCUCUUACUGAUGACAGACAGACAACAUCUCAGAGUACUUCCACAGUUGACAUGCCACGAGGCUCUAAUAUGCAGGAUUUAUCUGAUAUUAUAGACCAAUCUCAACUGCAAGAUGCGCAAGAACAAAGUGAAGCACAAGUACAAUUAGAUUUCCAAGAGUCAUCAAAAGCUCGUGAUUCUAUAACUGGUUCAGGUUAUAUCGAGUAUGUCAUCAAUCAAAGUCCUGUUAAUGAGCCUGAAGUGAAGCUAGUAGAGGGUUAUCUGUCUGGGUCCUUACAACCUGCUGAUGGAAUAUGUUCAGUGGUUCCUGAAGGCUGCAUUGUUGUUGUAGAUGAUAAUAUCCUAUAUAACCCUUCAGAAGACCUACAUGGGCCUUGUGCCUCUGUUGUUCGUGAUAAGAAAAAAGAAACAUUUGAACCAAUUGAAGAGAAAAGCAGCAAAGUUGAAGAAGUGUCAGAGAUACAUGAGUCAAAAUUUGGUCCAGAGACACCAGACAGGGUUAAGCAAAAUCAAAGGGACUUUGAUAGGACGCAUAUUUUGUUUGAUGAGGUAGAUAUUGUGCGAGAAAAACAGAGUAAGAGUCAGGCCAACAAUAUUGAUGGAAUACUAGUAAUUGAGAGCGAAGAAGAAGAUAAGAGUGAACAAGGAAGUGAAGUAGAUGAGUUUGUGGAUGCACGUAAUACAAUUGAAUCGGAAUCGGAGAGUGAUCUUGAUGGAGUACCAAAACCAAAACUGGAGCAUUAUUUUGGGGAUGUUAGUACUUAUUGUUCGGAAGAUGCUAACAGUGACAACAAUGAUGGAUCAGAAGAAGAUAUACCAUAUGAACAAAUGGCACAUGAUCUACACCAUGACAACCCUCUAGAUGAAUCUUGUUCAGGUUCCUGCCUUCCUAAUGAUGCUAAUGUUUCCUGUCGCCUUUCAGAUCCAGUGUGUGGGAAAAUUCUGUCUCAUAAUGAGACUUUUGAAAAGCCUUGGGAUUUUUUUUCCAAGUGCCCGUCAUUAUUGGCUGAAGAAGCCUUUCCGAAUAUAGCAGUUUUGCGAGAAGAACCUGUUGCUGCACAUCCCGUUUUGGCAGGAGACUCUGCUAAUGAGAAGUUUUCAUCUGAAGAUCCGACAUCCUUAUGUCAGUCACGGAGAGACGCUAUUCCUGCUGAAAAGAUACUGCCAGAAGAACAUUUGGCGAACUAUCCAUCUCUCGCAGAAGCUGUUAUCCAUGAAAAGAUCUCACCAGGAGAGUCUGUUGCCAAAUUUCCGUCUUUUGCAGAAAGGAUGGAGCUUUCGAGUGAGGAUUUGCCGAGGACAGUUCGAGAUGUACCGGGAAUCCUCCCCCAAGAAAAAAUCUUGCCUGUGAAAUCUCUUCCCAAAACUCUGUCUGUGGCAGAAUCUGUGUCUGACAAUAUGACCCCGUCAAGAGAACCUGACACAGUUCAUCCAUCUUUUCCCAAAGCUAUUCAAGAAAAUAACAUUUCCCCAGAAGUUAUUGAUUCGAAAAAUCUGUCUGUGCCAAAAGCUGAUUCACAAAAAAAAAUCUUACUUGAAGAAUCUGUUGGCAUAAAUCCGUGUAUGGUAAAAUCUGUUCCAGAUGAAAGGUUCUUGACAGAAGAAGUAGAAGAACCUGCCACCAGAGAAGAACUUUUGGAAGAGGAUCUUUACUUGGCAGAACUGCAUAAAGAAAAGGUCUCGCAAGAAACAUUUGUUGGUUUUACACAUCCAUCGUGUGCCAAAGCCGGUCCAGAAGCAAAUCCAUCAUCAGAAGUUCUUACUUCCCCAAUUUUGUCUGUGGCCGAAGCUGUUCCACAAGAGCAAAUCUCACUUGAAGAAUUUUUUGGCGUAAAUCCGUAUCUGGCAGAAGCUAUUCCUGAUGAAAGGUUCUCGCCAGAAGAACCUGUCACCACACAUCUGACAAAAUCCGUGGCUAUUGAAAAGGUCUUGGCAGAAGAGCUUUUGGAAACAUAUCCUUCUUUGGAAGAUUUGCCUGAAGAAAAGAUUUCGCAUGAGGAAACUUAUGAUGAUACUGAUCCAUCUGAAGCUGUUAGUGAUGAAGAUAUCUCAUCAGAAGUUUCUAAUUCCACAAAUUUGUCAUUGGAAGAAGCUGUUCCACAAGAGCAAAUCUCACUUGAUGAAUUUGUUGGCAGAAAUCCGUGUUUGGCAGAAGCUACUCCUGAUGAAAGUUUUUUGCAAGAUGAACAUGUAACCAAACAAGGAUAUGGAUUUUGUCUCUCUUUGACAAAAGCGGCAGCAAUUGAAGGAGUCUUGCCAGAAAAACCUUUGGAAACAUAUCCUUCCUUGGUAGAAUUGUCUAAAGAAAAGAUUUUGCAUGCGGAAACUAAUGAUGCCACACAUCCGUCUGAAGCUGUUCGUGAUGAAGAAAUUUCAUCAGAAGUUUCUGAUUCCACAAAUUUGUCCCUAGAAGAAGCUCUUCCACAAGAACAAAUCUCACUUGAAGAAUUUGUGGGCAUAAAUCCGUGUUUGACAGAGACUAUUCCUGAUGAAAGGUUAUUGCCAGAAGAACCUGUCACCCCAUAUCUCUCUUUGGCAAAAGCUGCGGAAAUUAAAGGAAUCUUGCCAGAAAAACCUUUGGAAACGUAUCCUUCACUGGCAGAAUUGCCUGAAGAAAAGAUUUUGCAUAAAGAAGCUGAUGAUGCCACACAUCCAUCUCUUUUUGAAGCUUUUAGUGAUGAACAAAUCUUACCAGAACCUCUUGAUUCCACAAAUUUUCUUGUGGCAGAAGCUGUUCCACAAGAGCAAAUCUCAGUUGAAGAAUGUGUUGGCAGAGAUCCAUGUUUUACAGAAGCGAUUCUUGAUAAGAGGGUUUUGCCAGAGGAACCAGUAACCACAUGUAUGUCUCUAACAAAAGUGGUGCCUAUCGAAGAAGUCUUGCCAGAAGAACCGUUAGAAGCAUACGCUUCUUUGGAAGAAUUGCCUAAAAAUAAGGCAUCACAAGAAAAACCUGAUGAUACCAAACACCCAUGUUGUGCCAAAACUGAAAGUGAUGAAAACAUCGCACCAGAAGUUCUUGAUUCAACAAAUUUGUCUGUCGCAGAAGCUUUUCCACAAAUGCAAUGCUCAGUUGAAGAAUUAUAUGGCAUAGAUCCGUUUUUGGCGAAAGCUGUUCCUGGUGGAAGGAUUUCGCCAGACGAACCUAUCACCACAUGUCUGCCUUCGGCAAAAGCUGCGGCUAUCGAAAUAAUCCUUCCAGAAGAAUCUUCGGAAGUGUCUCUUUCUUUGGAAGAAUCGCAUGAAGAAAAGAUCUUGCAAGAAGAAGAACUUGAUGAUGCCAUACACCCAUCAUUUUCUGAAGCUGUUGGUGAUGAAAAGAUCUCGUCACUAGUAGGUCCUGGUUCCACAUAUCCAUCUUUGGAAGAAUCUGUUCCGAACGAGAAAAUCUCACAUGAAGAACUUGUUAGCACAAAUCCGUUUUUGGAAUUAGCCGUUCCCAACAAAAGGAGUUUUCCAGACGAACUUGGCCUCAUAUAUCAGUCGAUGGCAGAAACUGUUUCCAAGGAAAAUAACUUGCCAGAAGAACCCUUGCCUUCAUAUCCGUCUUUGGCAGAAGCCGUACCCAAUGAAAAAUUCUCUCUAGAAGAACCUGGUGCUUCAUGUCCAACUUCUGCAGAAGCUGUUUUUGAUGAAAAUAUCUCAGGCUCAGAAGCUCCUGUUUCCAUGAUAGAAACUGGUCCACACAACAAAGUCUUCCCUGAAAAACCUUUUGCCAUAGAUAGUUCCUUGGCCGAAGCUGGCUUUCAUGAAAAGAUCCCAGACGCAGAAGCUCCUGGCUCCACAACAGAAACUGGUCCACACAACAAAACCUUCCCUGUUCCCGACGGCGAUAGUCUGCCAAAAGAACCUGUUGCUACAUAUCUAGCUUUGGCGGAAGGUAUUCCUGACCAAAAGGUAUUUUUGGACGAUGCCGCACUUCUACUAUUUGCAGAAGCUAUUUUCGACCAAAAGUUCUCACCAGAAGUUCCGGAUCCCACUUAUCCUUCUUUGAAAGAACCAGAAAUGCAUGUUGCGGCACCAUCUUUGGUAACAGAUCUUGCUGCUAAAAACAACUUGGUAAAAGAAGGUGAAGCGUAUGAUGAAUCCUACCCAGCAUCUGAUGUUUCUAUGAAUCAGAAGAGUGGUUUCGUGGAAUCAGAAUCUGCUGAUAGAACAAUUCCCUUGAGUGGUGGUACUGUCACAAUUUCUCCAGAUACUCGGGAAUCUCUUUCAAAUGGUACAAAUGUUGAAUCAGUGAGUAUAUGGAGCAAUGGGGGACUCCUUGGACUUGCGCCAUUGAAACCUCCAGUUUUUGCUGAGCCUAAUUCGGUAAGUGAACAUUUACAGAACGAGAUCAACAAAGCUAAUGUUCUUUCUACAAGGAAGCAGGGAUCAGCAAGCCGAUCAGUUGAGAAUACUGAGAAUAGCUCACUUCCAUUAGUUGUUUCAGAUCCUUCAUCUCAACAACAUAGCAACAUGUUGAGUCCCUCUCACCUACAGAGCACUGGAACCUCAUUUAGAGUCUUUGGCUUAAGUCAUAGACUACUCAUGGCUGGGUUUCGUGGAAACUCUUCUUCGAUAUGUUCCCUUCGUUUCAGUUAGUUCCAGAGGCUAGCAACUCUGAUGAUGACGACAACAGUGAUACCUUUUGCCAGUCAUCUCCAUGUGUUUCAGACAAUUGUUUGUCGGAUUCUGAGCUGUGGGAAUCUGAUGAAAGUCCUAGAAAAUCUGAUUUAAGCUUGAAGCAAGUUGGAGAGAAAAGUAGGCAUGGUGAUAUGGGUUCUUUCUCUGGUUCGUUUCUGGAUCUUCCAUGUUACGACGCCGUAGACCAUCAAUCCACAUCUUCAAGACUAGAGCAAGAACAAGUGCCAGAAUACAAACCAUCUGUCUUAGAGAUCAUCCGUGAUUGGCCACCAAAUCAACCAAAAAACAGUCCCAGUAAUGAAGCAGACACAGUUCCGAAGAAUACGCAAGAUCAAUCUCCCGGGCUGUUAGCUACAGAUGACGGUGGUGAAAGAUAAAUCGGUGAUAGUGUCUUGCUGAACUUAAAAUCAAACGAAUCUAACAAUUGAAUCUUUGUUGUACUUGUACAUUCCUCUUGCCAUUUCAAUUGUCUGAUUUCAUGUAAAAAAACAAAUCUUUUUAUAAAUCAGAAAUAUAAAUUUGACGCUCUAGAAAAAAAAAAG